AUGGAUAUUUCUGAUUCAUGGGAUGGUAACCACGGUACCCUCUCUGUCUACGUCAGUAAAGCCAAAGAUCUACCAAACCUUAUAAAAUUAGAUAAGCAAAAUGUAAUGCUAAGAUUAAGGAUAGCACAUAUGACUAGAGAAAGUGACACCCUAUUUCGUGCCGGACAAAACCCUGUGUUCAAUUACUUAGAGAGGUUUGAAAUGACUCCAGCAGUGCAACCACUAAUGUAUGUAGAGGUUUAUUGUGAUAGGAAAAAAAAAGCACCAUUACAGAUAGGAAGAUGUGAAAUAGACUUGUUAAAUGGUAUAAGAGCCGAUCCUAAAGAAGGGUACUGUAAAUGGUAUGAAUUGAAAAGAGAACAAAAUGAAUUUGCAGGGAUCAUAUUUAUCGAAUUAACAUUCAAGCCCACUAUAGAUGUUUCUCGUAGAGAACAGGUGGAUGAAAGAACUAUGAGAUUAGAUGCUUCUAUGGCAAGCCGACCAAUGCCUCCAUUACCAACAGAGUUUGAUACUACCUUGUCUCCAAAUCAUCCAAUUAGUCAAAGUAAUAGUAGUUUACACAGUGGGGAUAAUUUAAAUUAUUCUUCAAAACCUCAAAGUACUAUAUCUGGUGCGCAACCCUAUAUGCAUCAAUCCGAGAUGAGGCAGAUGACACCUUUAGUAGAGCGAUUAAAUCUAAAUGGGAAUCCUGAAGAAAGAGAUGAUAUUAUGUCAUUCUCACCGGAUAGAUCAAAUGGGAGUAGUGAUUGUCGCAACAAUUUUAUGUCUUCAAUGGGUAGUAGUAAUACAGCAACCUCAACAGACACUAAAGCCACAGCAGUUUCAACCACUUCCGAAACGAAAUUCCAUUUUGCUAACCUCAGAAAAUUGAAAGAAAAGAUCAAUAUUUUUAAGAAUCCAAGUGUUCCAAAUACAGAUGCAGAGGAUAAUAGCGUAGAUAUUGAGGCAUUGCAGAAGGCUAUUGGCGUAUCGUCAACUGAUGAGAAAAUUAAUCCAUCAGGUGAACUACAGACUAUGAUAAAUAAUAAUCGAAAAGAAUCAAAAGUUCAAGGGCAACAUAGAUAUCCUACGGAAGACCAUACAGCCGAUUUAUUUGACAUAAAGAGAAAUGAUAAUAUGACGUAUAGCCACUCACGUCGAGAAGAGACUAGACAUAACCGUAAAACAUCAAAUCAACCCAUAAUACCUCCUCUGCCUUCUAAUACUGGAUUAAAGAAUAGUAGAAGCAGUAGUCCGCAUAAACAUAUUCAUAACUAUAUGCAAGAAAACAGAUACGACCCAUCGUCAUCGAAGUCUCCGAUGCUGCCACCACUUCCUACAUCACCAAGAUCAAGAGGCAGUUCAAUGUCACCAACAAGAAGAAGACCUCCACCAACUUAUUAG